GGCAGCCCGCACUGCGUAGGCGCCUCGCUGCGCUGUGCGCGCAGUCAGUCAUUCAACGACAUUGUAUUGGCGGCCACAUUGCUCGACGGCCCGAGACCAGCGCACAAAAACUAUGUGCAUCUGAUAGAAACGAUCUGUGAUAUAGUGUUAAGAUACCUACAUGCAAUAACUGAAAGUGAAAAGCAAUAAAGUGAAACCUGUUGGAUAUUGUAACGGAACAUAACAGUUUUAAAAUGAUGCACAAAGUAGCACUAACAUGCUGUUUAGCAGUUCUUAUUGCAUCUGGAAUUGUACAAAGCGUAUCAAUAUUAGGUCCAAAGUUGUUAAGGCCAUACGGAAACUAUAAAAUAUCCAUAGCAGGAGGAUCUCGUGCACACAAUCUAUACGUAGCUAUAGAAGGCAAAAGAUCUACUGGGGAGCAAUUUUCACAAGGAAGAGUAGUCCAAGUCCCAGCAGCUGCAUCUAGGCUUGUAGACCUCGAGAUCGGCGAUCCAGGACCUGGACAAUACAAACUCGUUGCACGUUCUACGUCAGGGCCACUGUUCGCUUCUUCAGCACCUCUGAUCUACCAGCCGAGAAGUUUCUGUGUUUUCGUACAGACAGACAAACGAGUGUAUCAACCUAGAGAUACUGUUAACUUUAGAGUUAUAGCUUUAGACAAAUACCUCCUGCCGUUAUCAGGGACGGUGGAUAUAAGCAUCUUAGAUACAGGCGGAUCUCCGGUCCGGCAGUGGGCAUCCGUUCCACUCGAUAGAGGCCUUUUCGCUGAGGAAUUGUUGCUUGCAGAUGAACCCGCACUUGGGCAAUGGACUAUUCAAGUGGAAGCACGUGGUCAAAAGUACUCCAGGCAGAUAAUGGUGGCUGAUUAUGUGUUACCAAAAUUUGAGAUGGACCUUCAGAUGCCAAAAGAAAUAUUAUUCAGUGAUGGGCGAUUUAAUAUUAACGUAACUGCCAGACAUUUCAAUGGCCUCCCUGUGAAAGGUGAACUGACCAUUUCAGCGUACGCUGUAUUCUUCUCUGGACUAUUACAACCUGUAUUCUCUACUCCUGCCCGAAAAGUAGUAGACUUUAACGGUCAGGCGAAUGUUGUAUACGAUCUCAAAACAGACUUGGAUCUAGCUGAAGACGCCGCAAGACCUUUAGUUGUGGAAGCAGUCUUAGAAGAAAAUAAUACGCUGAUAAAACAAAAUAUUACAUCAAGAAUUCUACUUCUACGCACUCCAUACAGGCUUAAGGUCACAGCUCCAGACCGAUUUAAACCUACUUUGCCUUAUAAUGUCCAGAUAGAAUUAGUAAAUUCGACUGGUCACACAAUGAAUACGGCAGGCGAUGUUGUUGUUGAAAGGCUUUGGGAUGACGGAGCUCCUGUUAAUACAACAACUGUAAAAUUAAAUAAAGGCAUUGCAAAAUAUACUUACACACCAGAUGUGGCCCAUACCAACUCAACACUUAAUUUAGUAGUAAAAUAUAACGAAAUAUCAGAAAGAAUUGUAAAUGUACAAAAAAGCAUGGAAAAGGGUGGACAGUAUUUGACAAUAGACGUGAUAUCUCGUGAUACUGGAGUAGGUGAUGAAAUGCGUGCACAAAUAACUGCAACUGAGACGAUGGAUCUCGUGCACUAUGUUGUUAUUGGAAGAGGAGAUAUUCUUGUCGCGAAGACUUUAGAAUUGAGUCCAGCACGUCGCAGUGUGGACGUAUCGGUGCCUGUAACGGCCGCUAUGGCACCAGGUUGCAUACUUCUCGCUUGGUACCCGCGAUUGGCAGGAGAUUCCGUGAUUUCUGCUGCAGUAUAUGCCCCGCAAAAGGAAAUGCUACAACAUAAAGUAACAGUGACCUCAGCCUCAUCCGGUCAACUUCUUCGACCUAAUGGUCUAGUGGAAUUCCGUGUUUCGGGCGAGGCUGGUUCACAGGCUGCUUUGCUCGGCAGUGACGAAAACGCUAUCGCCACAGAACUAGUAAGAGAAAAUGGUCUGGGCAGCGGACUUGACAUGCAAACGAUCGAACGAGAAGUAGAGAGUUUCACUGGACUGAAACACUCUCUAUUCAAAAACGAAGACCAUUUACCGAGCUUAGGACUGGAUUUAGGAGGACGAAAUUCUUCAGAUGUGUUUAGUAAUGCAGGAAUGGUCCUUUUGACGGAUGGCUUGGUCAUUGCUAGUAACAAUCAAGAAGUAUCUGAAGAGCCAGAGACAGGCACUAGAGCACCACAGGCGGGUCCAUACGCGUUCAGUAGAGUGCCUCCUCCACCCUCCCCGCGUUACUUUCUCACACGAACACUUUCCCCACACGUCACCUGGAUGUUCACCAAUCUUACUAUUGGCGAUGAUGGCGUUGGAACUCGAGAGCGCUGGUCACCAGUCACUCCGGGCGAAUGGUCCGUGGGAGCUUUUGCAGUACAUCCUACCCUUGGUUUGGGCAUCGCUGCUCCCCGCAAAGUCACUACCGCCCUUCCCCUUUCCUUAACAGCAGAACUACCAGAAACCUUGCAGAAAGGAGAAACACUAGCCGUGAUUGUUACUUUGAAAAGCACCCUCACAGUUGACACUUCCGUCGAAGUCACAUUCCAUAAUUCUGAGCAGUAUUACGAAUUUGAACCUUUGGAAAAUAACAUCGACUCUGCUAAAAAAAUUGAGUUAUAUCGUCGAUUGCGCGUGACGGUGCCAGCUCGGGGCUCCAUAAGCACUGCAUUCUUGGUGACUUCGGUCCGCAGCGGUGAAGCACCUAUCAUCAUCGAGGCCAAUGGCAACGGCGUCUCUGCAUCGCUGUUCCGCAUCAUUAAUGUCAAGGAUGGUUACAUAGAAGACAUUUGGUCGUGGGCACUGCUAGACGGUAGGCGAGGAGUGGCGCGGGCCAACGUAACGUUAGCUCCUGCGGCAGGCACUAAACUCGGCUCCGUUUCACUAGAAGCCACUGGUGAUCUAUUAGCCAACGCCUUAAGAGCAUUGAAAUCACCGGUCACCGUUGCUGCAGAUGCCACGUAUGCUUUGCGCCCAUUAGCUCGUGCCUGCAUCUUAUUAGACUAUCUUCAGGCAACAGAUCAAGAUGACGAAGUGACGAUAGUAAAGGACGCGCGCUUACAAGCUUCCACUGGCUAUCAGCGACUUAUGGCUUUCCGUAAAGCUGACGGAUCAUUUGCAGCAGAAAUCGGGAACGAUGCUGUGUCUGAUGUGUGGAUGACCUCAAUAGCAGCACGCUGGCUAAGCCGCUCGUCUCGGUAUGUGGAAGUGUCGCCCGAAGCCACCAUGGCUGCUGCGAGGUGGUUGGUCAACGCACAAAAACCUGACGGUAGCUGGCAACCGCCGCCAUCGACACAGAAAAACGACCCUCGAGCACAAACUGUUGUUCCACUCACUGCCUACGCCUUAUUGGCCUUGCAGGAGACCAAGAGCAACGAAGUCCUUUACAAAAACGCGAUGAACAAAGCCCUGGACUUCCUCGCGAAAAAUCUGUCUCCCGAAUUAGACGCGUAUUCGCUGGCAGUGACGAGCAGUGCCCUGGCCGCCGCCCGACACCCGCAGGCCACGCAAGCUUUGCAGAUCAUGGACAAAUAUGCUAACACUUCGGACGCUUCCACAUUGUACUGGUCUCGGAAAGUCCCUGGUGCAGAAUGGAAAAACCCAUGGUUGAAAGGAAAUAGUCUAGAAGCUUCCACUACAGCGUGGGCUCUCCGAGCUAUGUUGGCGUCCAGCCUUUUGGAAGAAGCUGUUCCUGCUGCUCGUUACCUGCUGCAAGCACUUGGUCCAAAAGAUCAAGACCCUGAUGUGUUGGAUGCGCUGGCACAAUUUGCGGAAACGAUGAAGACAACGAACAAGCUAAGAGUAUCUGUAACUGUUGCAAGCUUCGAAGAACCACGCCAGUUUAAUAUUGACAACGACAAUGCCCUUAUUAUACAAACGCAAUUGGUCCGUAACGCUCUUAACGCAAGUGCAGUGACUGAGGGUAGGGGUGUGGCAAUGGUUGGGCUGGCGGCGAAGGGCAGCACCAACGUGACGGGCGCGUGGCCGCGGUACACUCUCGACCCGAGGGUGGACCAGGUCUCCACCAGGGAACGGCUUCAGCUCUCCAUUUGUAUCGGAUUUGUUCCCAUCGCCAAUGAAACGGAGAGUGGAUUAACACUUCUCACAGUUCAACUGCCAUCGGGUUAUUUAGCAGAUUUGAACGCAAUCACUGAGUUGACGGCGGCGCGACACGUGGUGGGCGCCAGAGUGAUGGCGGGCGGGGCGCGAGUGGUAGCAUGGCUGCGCGCCAGCGUCGGCGAGCGAUGCGCGACCCUCGCCGCGCCGCGCGCCUUACCCGUGGCCCGACAGCGCCCCGCUUGGGUCACGCUCACCGACCUUUACGACUCUAGUCACCGCGCCCGCGUGUUUUACCAAGUGCCGCAAAGCACGGCGUGCGACGUGUGUCGGGAGUGGGAAUCCUGUGCGAGCGCGUGCGGGUCAACUGAGAGGCAAGUGAAUCCCACGACCACGCCCUCGCCCAACGCAGCGAACGUUCCCGGACUUGCGUUUGCGUUCGCCCUCACCAUGGCCAUCUUAUUGUUAUUACGAUAACAUGUUUUAGAACUUACGAAAAUGUGUACUUUGUAACUGAUGUUGUUUUAAUCUAAUUAUUAUUAUUAUUAAAUUAUAAUUCUUUUGUUGACAUAAUUUCGAGCAAAAGUACUUAACUGAACUACAAAAAAUACAAUUGAUCUA